CAAUUGACAGUUCAGAUCCCACUGUACAACUCUUGGAAAGUGCCCCUUGUUCUGACUGAUAUUCACCUUCUCUGGCAGGCGUCGUUAACCCAUAACGAUUCUCCUGAACCUCGGGUUACCGUUUCCAAUGAAGACAUCAAUCCGGAGCGACUUCGUGAGGCGAGAAGUUACGUUCAUACUUCCGUCCUCAAUGAGUUUUACAUGCUGCCUGGGGAUCGAAAAAUGAUUGAAUUGGGACUGCAGCCUCGACGAUGCAUAACUGAUUUUCUAAUCACUGGAGUUGCUUUCAAACUUGAUAUUUCGACCCCUCGUCAAUUAGCCCUAGUUGAUCUUCCUUCGCCUACCACGCCUCCACUGCUUCCCACCAUUUCAUCAUCACUAGAACUACUGACCACAACUCCGCAGUUAGACGUUUCUGUGGGAGCCACUGAAGUCCUCCGCGAUCCCUUGAACUCCUCAAAUCCGUCGACAGAUCUCUUGGCAUCCGGACGCCUUCCGUCGUCCCUUGUUCAGGGAAAGGUUUGCUUCCCCUCUGCUUCAUCGGAUCUACGCUUCCAUUGGAAUGUUGUGCCACCACAGGCACUUCUGAAGGUAUCGUUUGGUGGAUUUCCCCAAUCCCUGUUCGAGGGUGAAAUUUGCGGUCACAGCUUCACUCUCACGAAUGUUGGAAGUUGUACACUGGAACAGCUGUGGAUCACCUCUUCUUGGCCCAAUUUCUUCCUCCUUUCCAAUACCACCCCGUCCAUCGUUAUGACAUUGCCAAAAGCAGUUCCACUGGAGGCCUCGCAGUCGAGAAAUGAAAGAUUUUGGAUUCGAGCACCUCCAAUAGGAAUGCGCCGACUAGGUCGUUCCCAACAAAUUGAGACUGUUGCGAUGUAUUCAUCGCCCCAAAUCCCAUAUUGCUGUCAAUUUCAUGUGAUUUUCGGCUACACUACAAAAGGCGAACCCUCAGAUAGGUUGAGGUACUUGCAACACGAGGCGAAAUUACAGCUACUGCCAUCGCUACAAUUUUCUGCCACCUGUGCCAGAACCCAGGGCUCUGAAGUGGACUCAUUGAUGAUUACUUUGAGGUGUAAAAAUGUCUCUCUGCAGCAUUCCUUCAAUGUGAUUCAAUUGGCCUGCCUGGAUGCUCUCUGGAACAUUAACAUUGUGGCUCCCAAAGACGCGGCAGCUUCCAGGAACGGUGUUCUCAUGCUUCCCACUCGAGAGGUGACUUUUUGCGUUCGCGCAACAAGACGAAUAUCCGCCAAAAAGGAGGUCGAUAGUACCGACGGUGUCUCCAUCAUCGCGUUGCAUCCAGCUUCGGAUGAAAUUGAUGCACUGGCCUCUCCGUAUGCUCAAUUUUUCCACCUCUCUACACAGGCUGCCCAAAUUGCAGCCCGUGGGAAUGGUACCUCAACCAACUGGGGCGAAACAACAGCAGAAUCAGCAGCUCCAGAGACUGACUUGCAGCCGAAAAACUUCUACAUACUCGCUUUUUGGCAGGUGGUUGAUCAGAGCGAUUCCCUUACCAAAUGUCAACGCUUUGGUCAGAGUCACAUCCGUGUUGUCUAUGCGCACGCACCCAAAGCCGUGAAGUCUUCAGAUGUCUGUGGUGCGAAUUUCGUCGCUGCUGGUGAUACUGCUGAGUCCACUGAUUUCUCCCAAAUGCUGCUUCAACAACAUGAAAGAUGCUAA